AUGGUGGUUACCGUUGAGAAGGACGCGACUGGCGAGCCGGCGCUGCUGCUGGAGCGCAGCCGGGCGAUCACCCUGCAGGGCCGUGACCGGAAGGGCCGUGCCGUCGUCAGGAUCGUUGGCAACUACUUGCCAGGUAAGCAGCGACUCAGAUUUCGCCCAGAUCGCAAGCGCUUCGCCGUGCCGUGCCGUGCCGUGGAACUGACGGACGUUGCCUCUGCCUCAUGUGCAGCGCGCGCGCUGGGCGGGCGGGCGGAGGAGGCGCUGCGGUCGUACCUGCGGGAGCGCGUGCUCCCGGAGAUCGGGGACCGGGAGUUCGUGGUGGUGUACAUGCACUCCCGCGUGGACCGCGGCCGCAACUUCCCCGGCGUCGGCGCGAUCCGCGGCGCGUACGAGUCGCUGCUGGCCGCGGCCAAGGAGAGGCUGCGCGCCGUCUACUUCGUGCACCCGGCCCUGCAGUCCAGGCUCUUCUUCGCCACCUUCGGCCGCUUCCUCUUCAGCUCAGGGUACGAUAGUGAAUUCCCUGCGAUCCGGGUCUGUCGUGCCCGCGGAGCUGAAAAUUUACGAGGUACGGGGUCUUGCAGGUUGUAUGAGAAGCUGCGAUACAUGAGCCGGCUCGAGUACGUGUGGGCACACAUAGACAAGGGGCAGCUGGAGGUCCCGGACUGCGUGCGCGAGCACGACGACGAGCUGGAGCGCCGCCCGCUGAUGGACUACGGCAUCGAGACGACGGAGAGCCGCUGCAUGUAUGACGCCGCGUCCAUGGACACCUCGGCGUCCCUGCACUCGCUACGUUGCGUCUCCUAG